AUGGGGAGCCGGGCGGAGGGCGGAGCCUUGUGGCCGCUGCUUAAAGAAACUUGUUGCGGGUCGCCCCGCGGGGACCGAUCUCCGGCGGCAGCGGCGGCUGUGAGCGGGCUGGGGUCGGGUCACCGCACGGCAACUUCGGAUCCCAGAGCGGCUGCAGCGCAGCGGCCAUCGACCCGGUGCGCCUCCCUGGUGCGCGCUUCUCCGCGCGCGGCCCCGAUGCUGGACAUGAGCGAGGCCCGCGCCCAGCCGCCCUGCAGCCCGUCUGGCACUGCGAGCUCCAUGUCGCACGUGGAGGACUCGGACUCGGAUGCGCCGCCCUCGCCCACCGGUUCCGAGGGUCUGGGCCGCGCGGCGGGCGCGGGGGGCGGCGGCCGGGGCGACGCUGCUGAGGCGGCGGAUGAGCGCUUCCCUGCCUGCAUCCGCGACGCCGUGUCGCAGGUGCUCAAGGGCUACGACUGGAGCCUGGUGCCCAUGCCCGUGCGUGGCGGCGGCGGCGGCGCGCUCAAGGCCAAGCCGCACGUGAAGCGGCCCAUGAACGCCUUCAUGGUGUGGGCGCAGGCGGCGCGCCGCAAGCUGGCGGAUCAGUACCCGCACCUGCACAACGCCGAGCUCAGCAAGACGCUGGGCAAGCUGUGGCGCCUGCUGAGUGAGAGUGAGAAGCGCCCUUUUGUGGAGGAGGCGGAGCGGCUGCGUGUCCAGCACAAGAAGGACCACCCAGAUUACAAGUACCAGCCGCGCCGCAGGAAGAGCGUGAAGACCGGCCAGAGCGACUCCGACUCGGGAGCUGAGCUGGGCCACCACCCGGGCGGCGUGUACAAGACUGACGCUGGCCUGGGGGACGCGCACCAUCACAGUGACCACACAGGGCAGACCCAUGGGCCGCCCACCCCGCCCACCACCCCCAAGACUGACCUGCACCACGGGGGCAAGCAGGAGCUGAAGCUGGAAGGCCGCCGCCUGGUGGACAGUGGGCGUCAGAACAUCGACUUCAGCAACGUGGACAUCUCCGAGCUGAGCAGUGAGGUCAUCGGGAACAUGGACACCUUCGAUGUCCACGAGUUCGACCAGUACCUGCCCCUCAACGGCCACUCGGCCCUGCCCGCCGAGCCUGGCCAGCCCGUGGCGGCCGGCUCCUAUGGGGGCGCGUCCUACUCACAUUCUGGGGCGGCCAGCAUUGGGGCAUCCCCCGUGUGGGCUCACAAGGGCACGCCGUCGGCCUCCGCGUCGCCCACUGAGGCAGGCCCCCCACGGCCGCACAUCAAGACGGAGCAGCUGAGCCCCGGGCACUACGGGGACCAGUCGCACGGCUCCCCGGGCCACGCCGACUAUGGCUCCUACAGCGCGCAGGCCAGCGUCACCACCGCCACCACCGCCGUGGCCGCCAGCUCCUUCACCAGCUCGCAGUGCGACUACACCGACCUGCAGGCGCCCAGCUACUACGGCCCGUUCCCUGGCUACCCGUCUGGCCUCUACCAGUACCCCUACUUCCACUCGCCCCGCCGGCCCUACGCCUCGCCUCUGCUCGGGGGCUUGUCUGUGCCGCCCGCCCACAGCCCCCCCAGUAACUGGGAGCAGCCCGUGUACACCACCCUGACCAGACCCUGAGGGUGCAGCCGCGGGAGGGGCGCCAGCCGAGGACCUCCUCGCCCCGGCAGAGACACACAGGCCUCCAGGGGCUCGGAAGGUGCAGCGAGGGCAGGAGUCGCGGCUGCGUCAAGUGCCUGCCGAGGUCCAUGAGGAGCCAGGCUGUGUGAAUGAGCCCCCUCUGCUUACAGAUUCCCAGACCCCCAUCCACAGACAAAGCCCUCCUUCCCUUCCCUCUCUUUUUGCGGGGACUGCGGCUUGGAAGCAGGCAUGGGAGCCUGGGUGUUGCCUCUCCCUGGCUGCAAAGCGGCAGCCACAGCACAAAAGACAAAGAGGGAAGAGGCAAAGGGGCUCCGGGCCCACCGAGCUCCGAGAACCUGGCCAGCCUUGGUACUGAGAAUGCGCAGGGCCCACGGAUG